UUCAUACAAAAUUGUAAACAGCUGCAAAAGACUUAUUGUCACUGCUAAAUUUCCCCUGCAUUUUGAAACAAUGAAUUGUCAGCUUGCUUUCGGAAGACUUACGCGUCUUCUAAAAUGUGUUCCGCAAUUUCCAUUUUCUUAUAGAUGCCAGUCGAAGGUUGCAGUGUCUCCCAAAGUGACCAGUUCCUUUGUGCAAGAUGUCCAAGCCAUUGUAGGAAAGUCAAAUGUGUCCACUGCAGAUGCUGUGAGGCAACAGCAUGGCCACGAUGAGAGUUAUCACAGCACUGAGCCCCCAGACAUUGUGGCGUUUGCUGAGAGUGUGGAUCACGUGAGUCAGGUGGCCAGACUGUGUAACUACCAUGGCGUGCCUUUGAUACCCUUCGGCAGUGGGACAGGCUUGGAGGGAGGGGUCAAUGCUGUGCAGGGAGGUUUGUGCCUGGAUGUGUCAAAGAUGAAGAAUAUUUUGUCAGUGAAUGCUGAGGACUUUGAUUGUUCUGUGGAAAGUGGGGUCACGCGUGUACAGCUGAACAACUACCUGCGAGAUACAGGCCUCUGGUUCCCUAUAGAUCCUGGGGCGGAUGCCAGCCUAUGCGGUAUGUGUGCCACAAGUGCCUCAGGUACGAAUGCGGUACGUUAUGGUACGAUGAGGGAGAAUGUCAUGAACCUGGAGGUGGUGCUAGCAGAUGGUCGAGUUAUCAACACUGCAGGGGCCGGCAGGAGGACAAAGAAAACUUCUGCAGGAUACAAUUUGACCAACCUGUUUGUGGGUUCAGAAGGAACUCUAGGUAUUAUCACCAAGGCUACACUGCGACUCCAAGGGAUACCAGAAGCAACGAUAUCAGCCACCUGCCAUUUCCCCGAUGUCCAGUCGGCCGUUGACACCACUGUACAGGUUCUCCAGUGUGGUAUCCCUAUGGCUAGAAUAGAGUUUCUAGACGAGGUUUCCAUCGAUGCGUGCAACAAGUUCAGCCAUCUUGAUCUCAAGGUAGCUCCAUCGCUGUUCUUCGAGUUCCAUGGAGCGGAGGCAGGACUCGAGAACCAGACCAAAGUUGUUGCUGAGCUGGUGAAGAUGAAUGGUGGGUCAGAGUUCCGCUGGGCGACUGACGUGGACGAGCGUAACCACCUGUGGAAGGCCAGACACGAGAUCCUUUGGGCCUGCAUGGCACUCAAACCAGGGUCAAAACCCUAUUCAACUGAUGUCUGUGUGCCAAUUUCAAACUUGCCUCAGGUUGUUGUUAGAACUAAACAAAUGAUUACAGAAGCAGGGAUUAUUGGCUUUCUAUUGGGGCAUGUUGGGGAUGGGAACUUUCAUUCCUUGUUCACACUUGAUCCUUACAAUAAGCAAGAACUGGAAACUGUUAAAAGAUUGGCUGAACAAAUUGCUCUGAUUGCCUUGGAGCUGAAUGGUACAUGCACAGGGGAACAUGGCAUUGGGAUUGGCAAACGGGACCUCCUGGUGCAGGAAAUAGGGGCAGAGGGGCUGGCCGUGAUGAGGCAACUGAAAGACACCCUUGACCCCAAGGGUAUCAUGAACCCUGGCAAGGUGUUCUUCUAGACGACAGACAUUUGGUGGCAUGUUGUAAUAAUUAUUUGGCAAUGUAGUUUGGGCAUUCAAAUAACAAACAGACUUGAUUGAAAUAAUUAAAGACCCUUGUCCAUAGCUUCAAAGGUCAGAUUCAUACUGCGAUCAUUAAAUAUUAUGUGCAUUCUUGACAUUCUGAAAACUAACAGUAUUAUUCAGAAUGGACUCUUUAUGUUGCUGAAAAGGUUGAAAAGAAGUUUAUUGAUUAAUAAUUGGAGAGAUCAUAAUACAUGGCAAUUUGUUUUCUGGUCAAAAUGAUAUAUAUUGUAUAGUGAACAGUGGGAAACCUGAAA